ACAGCAGAAAAACAUAUGUGACAGAGAACCGUAGUAAUUUAGCUCCGCCUGAUAAGAUUUAAUUCGAUUAAAAAUUAAACCAAAAAUAAGAUUCCAGGAGACAGCAUGACAACGGAACAGCCUCGUAAUCUCAAAGAGUACCAUCGCUAUAAAUGUAGUGAUGAAGGGUGGGAAAGUCCCACGACGGUCCAGCAGGUUUUAACAGAACGCACAAUCGAGCCGCUUUACGAACAAUUUCAAAAAUCAGUUGCACAGAAUCCGGCGCUGCCGAAAUUAUAUCGCAAUGAACAUGCUCGAUUCUUGAUGACAUCGUUGGAACGUUUGUCCAGCGGGUACGAAUGUUUGGAUAGUAGCCGUCCUUGGCUGGUGUAUUGGAUUCUAAAUGCGGCCAGCGUGUUGGGAGUGAAAUUAGCGGACAGCGUGCUUUGUCGGGUGGUAGAUUUUCUGAUUAAAUGUCGGGAUCCCAAGGGAGGUUUUGCUGGUGGACCCGGCCAGGAACCCCAUUUGGCUCCCACGUAUGCCGCAGUUAAUGCUCUUUGCAUCAUAGGAACCGAAAAAGCGCUGAAUGCCAUCAACAGAAGAACACUGAAGAGGUUUCUGUGGGCGGUGCGAGAACCGAAUGGUGCUUUCCGAAUGCACAUCGAAGGAGAACUGGACGUGCGCGGUGCAUACUGUGCUAUUGCUGCCUUCAAAUUAGCUGGUUUCUCUGCAGAAGAUGAGACCAAAUUAUUCGAGGGCACCUCCCGUUGGAUUUCUGAAUGUCAAACCUACGAAGGGGGAUUUGGUGGGGCUCCCGAUUUGGAAGCACACGGAGGAUACUCAUUUUGUGCAGCAGCAGCGCUGGUACUGUUGGGUGGGGAGGACCAAUGUGACCUGAAUGCGUUACUCCGGUGGGCUGUGAACCGUCAGAUGGCAUUAGAGGGAGGCUUCCAGGGACGUACGAAUAAGCUUGUUGAUGCAUGCUACUCUUUCUGGCAGGGAGCGUUGAUACCGAUAAUUCAGAGUCUAAUGGCACGCAAAGAAGGAAGACCUGAAAUCAUGAGCAAAAUUUUAUUUCACCGAUUAGCUCUGCAAGAGUAUGUCUUGAUUUGCUGCCAGAAAAUCAACGGAGGAUUGAUUGAUAAACCGAAAAAACCCGCUGAUCUCUACCACACCUGUUAUGCAUUGAGCGGCGUUGCUAUAGCACAACACUGUGAUACCAGCCAACCUCCGUUGGUUCUUGGUCAUCCGGAUAACGAGCUUUUGCAGACGCAUCCCGUCCAUAAUAUUCCGCCAAAAGCGGUAAUCGAAGCGUACAAGUACUUUUUGAAGCAUGUUCAAAUAGAGAAAGAAGAUAAUGAUGGUGAUGACUCCGAUAGUUCAGAUAUAGAAAUGAAAGAGGUAUCGAGUGAAUCCGCUAGCAACAAUGGAACGAUGUCAGACAAUUCCUGGAAGGAAUCCACACCUGAAGAGACGGUUCCUAAUUUAGAGAUUUAAAAUAGCUUCUCGGCGAGAAGCUGCUAAUUUUAUGAAACUUUCACCAUUUUGAUACUUUAAAAGUAAAUUUAUGAGAAAUGAAUUUUGUUGUAUGUUGAGCAUUGAAAGUGUGAUAUACGAUGAAAAAAAUAUAUGCAGUGAAUGAAACAUA